GUCGGGCGGCCGGACGGAGCCGGCGCCGGCCGCUCCCGGAGGGUCCGGCCUGGAGGCUCCCAGGAAGCUCCAGAAUACCGGGAUACCCAGUCUGGGGGAGCCAUCUCCUUCCCACGCCUGAUCCCAAGCAGCCAGGAUUCCAGAAUUCCGUAAUUCCCAAGAAUUUGGUCACUUCAUCCCGACUUCCACGCCCUCCAACCCGUUCCGGAGGGCGGGAAUUGCAGACCAAGGAGUUUUAAGAGAGCGGAGGAUCCCAGCUGAUCCCAGAUUGGAAUUCUACGGGAUUAGAUCCCCACCGGAUCUCUGUGAUCUGUGAUCCCAUAAAUCCGCAUUUCCCGGGAUCGCGGGAAUUAUUCCCGGUUCGGCGCCGCCGCCUUCCCUCAUGGAACUCCACCCGGGAAAAGCGGGAUUGCUCUCCCUCCUCCUCGUGGCCGCGCUGAGCCGCCAAUCCCUGGAGAAAUCCCUUCCCGCCGGCUACCGGGAGCACGAGGAUCCCCGGGGAUCUCCGGGGCUGAUCCGGUGCGGCGAGUACAGCAACCAGGUGCUGCCGGACGGGCGGUGCCGGAUCGUGGCCACGCUGCCGCAGGGCGACGAGCAGCGCUGCCCGGACCUGUUCCGCUGCACCGACGAGGUCUCCUACUGGCUGCACGAGAACGAGGAGCGCAAGCAGCAGAUCCUGGAGCUCCGCGAGCUCAUCGCCGAGCUCCAGGAGGAGCUGCGCAACCACCGGCACCGCCUCAAGGCCCUGGAGAUACAGCAGGAGGAGGCGGCGGGGCGGAACCAGAGCCUGAUCCAGAGGCUGCAGGACCUGGAGCAGCAUUCCCGGGAAUCCAGCACGCUGCAGCACAUCCAGGCCACGCUGCUCUACGACAUCCAGGCGCAGAUCAACAACAUCUCCGCCCUGGCCGACUGGGCCUGGCGCAACCCCAGCUGCCUCAGCCCCGCCGACCUCCGCCUCCAGGAGGAGAUGCGGCACCCAGAAAUCAAACACGGCCGGAAUUGUCCCAUCGACUGCGCUUCCGUCUACUACAACGGGCUCCGGAGAUCCGGGAUUUACAGCAUCCUGCCCUCGGUCCGCGGAAUUCCCAUCGAGGUCCUCUGCGAGAUGGACACGGAAGGGGGUGGCUGGACCGUCAUCCAGAGGCGCCAGGACGGAUCCGUGGAUUUCAACCGGACCUGGAACGAGUACAAAGAAGGAUUUGGGGACCUCAACGGGGAAUUCUGGCUGGGCAACGACAACAUCCACAGGAUGACCAGCCAGGGGGAUUAUUCCCUACGGAUCGACCUGGAAGACUGGAAUAACAAACACAAACACGCCUUCUACCAGGUCUUCAGCAUCGAGGACGAGGAAAACUUCUACCGGCUGCACGUGGACGGGUUCAGCGGCACCGUGGAGGAUUCCUUCGCCUGGUACCACGACAAGAGGAGCUUCAGCACUCCGGAUUCCGGGAAUAUCUGCGCCGAGAUUUCCCACGGGGGCUGGUGGUACCACCAGUGCUUCUUCUCCAACCUCAACGGCGUCUACUACAAGGGCGGCCGAUAUUCCAUCAAAAACCGGAAGAUGCUGGGCCCGGACGGGAUCGUGUGGUAUUCCUGGAAGGACACGGACUACUAUUCCCUGCGGAAGGUGGUGAUGAUGAUCCGGCCGCGCGCCUUCCGGCCCCACCUCUCCCCGUGACCCCUCCCGGGCCCUUCCCCGCCGCGCAUCCCACGGAACGCCGGGAACGGAGGGCGGGAAUCGCGCCGGGAAACGGAUUCUGCAUGGACCAAAGAGGAGCUCUUGGCGUUUGUGGGAACGAUCUGGAUCCAACCGGGAUCCAACGGGGAAUUGAUCUGAGUGCUCCAAUGCAGGA